AUGGCUAUACCCCAGCAAGUUGCCUUCAGUGCCCAGAGUCACCCUGGCCCAUGUGAUGAAAGUUCUGAUAUCAGUAUCCAUGUUGGAAUCUCAGAUGAAGAGAAAGCAGCAGUGAAAAAACGGGGUGAGGUGGUCCUGAGAACCCUGAAGAACUUGGACCUUGAUGUCAAAAAGGUCCCUGUGGCUUCUGUGCUGGUCUCUGGUGGGGGCCUGAGAGCUGCCAUAGCCUGCCAAGGUGUCCUUAGUGAGUUGAGCCGAGAGGGGCUCCUGGACAUGGUCACAUACAUUGCAGGGGUGUCUGGCUCCAUCUGGUGCAUGUCCUCCCUCUGCACCCAGAGCGAUGGGUGGCAAGAUCUGGAGAAGGCAGAAAAUGAGCUCAGGAGGCGGCUUCAGGAGGAUUCCUGGAAUUUCUUUGUUGCCCUGGAUGGGCUCUGUGAUGCUGCAGAGAGGGAUGACUAUUCUCUCACUGACUUCUGGUCCUAUUCCACUGUCUACUACCUUACAAAGGAACUUCCAGGUACCUGUCUGUCCCACAUGAGAGAGAAAUCUGAGAUGGGGACCAUGCCAUAUCCCAUAUUUGCCACCAUCAAUCAUGACCUCAAGUCCAGCGAAAAGGAGAAGACUCCAAAUGCCUGGUUUGAAUUCACUCCUGAUUGGGCUGGCUACUCAACACCUGGUGCUUAUGUCUCUACCACUCAUUGUGGGAGCAAAUUUGAGGGAGGUAAACGCAUCCAACUAGAACCUGAAAGGGAUUUCUCCUACCUGAAAGCUUUAUGUGGCAGUGCUCUGGCUGACAUGAAUACUAUUCUCAAAACCAUCAAGGAUUUCUUCUGCAAAUUUAUCAAUGAUUCAAGCCCCCAGGAAAAAAUGCUGCUUGCUGAUCCUGAGGGAACUACCUUGAAAACCACCAUGGAUCAACUAUUCAACUUGGUUUACACCUUCCUAACAAAUGGAGACUGUCUGCCCAUCCUGGAAAAUCUACAGUGUAUAAUGACAGGGUGCAAAUAUUUUUAUGAGGCUACAGCAUUGAUCAACCAGAUGAUUGAGUGCUGGGGCCAGACUUCUCGAGAUCAACAAAGGCAGCUUACUCAGGACUUAUUGGGAAAGUCCUUGAACCAAGAUCUGUUGAAACAGAGCAGUGUCCCAUCUUUCCUAAAAUUUUUAUGGAAGACCAUCAACUGUCUCUUAUCAUGGAUAUGGGGAACAACACAUAACUUUCUGUAUAAGUAUGGAGACAUUGAAGACAAGCUUCUCACAAAAAAGAAAAAUAUAUAUUUGAUGGAUGCUGGCUUGGCUAUAAACUCUGCCUAUCCCCUGGUCCUGCCCCAAGUGCGGAACACCGACAUCAUCCUGUCCUUCGACUUCAGUGCAGGGGAUCCAUUUGAGACAAUCAAGGCUACAGAGAAGUACUGCAAAGCUUGCAAUAUCCCCUUCCCUCCUGUGGAUGAUGCUAAGCUUGACCAAGAAGCCAAGGCUCCCUCUGACUUGUACAUCUUUGAAGGAAAGAAGCCACCUGUGGUCAUGCACUUCCCACUUUUCAAUAAAGUGAAUUGUGACAGUGAAGAGGUCAUUAAGCAGAGACAUAAGACAUAUCAGACAUUCCGAUUCACAAACUAUUCUGAUGCCGAGGUAUGUCAGCUCCUGGAGGACUCAAAGGCAAAUGUCAGAAACAACAAGGAUUGCAUCCUCAUGAAGAUGUGUGAGCUGGCAGAGGCAACCUCAUAG